AUGGACAGUAAAAUAACUAAAGCAAUCGAUAAACUUAAGUAUUAUCUUGAGGAAGCAGAAGAAUUGAUUGAGGAUAACGACAUAAACGAGUUGCGAAUUGCUUCUAAAAGAACUGACCAGAUUCGGGACGAGCUAAAUGAUCUUAUAUCACAUGUUCAAGAGCUAAAAUUAGAUUCGGGAACCACAACGCAAAGAGCGAUAAGACAAUGGAAAAAGGAUUUGAAAGCAAGUUUUGCACCUUUGUUGGAGAAGAAAGAGAAGAUUAACGAAGUAUUGGAAAACAUUGAAAAAAAACGCUUUACAGCUGAGUUACAAGAGAGAGAGAAAGCACUUUGGGAGGAGAGACUGAAGGCUGAGAUCAAAAUGACCAAGAAAAAGUUAGAAAUGGAGACUCUCGCAAAGGUAGGACGAUCAAAAUUGCCAGAGCUAAAAAUAACUCCAUUUAGAGGGACCCGAGAAGAUUGGAUAAGGUUCGAGAAUAUGUUUAAGACACCAGUAGAUAAGAAACCAAUUUCUGCAGAAGAGAAAUUUGGGUACUUGCUGGAAUUGGUUGAUCCCAAAAUUAGAAAUCGAUUUGCAAACCUCAAACCAGGAGAGACAGGAUACUUAGACACUGGCUCUGGGAGGAAUUUUGUUUCGAAGGAAGCGACAGAUAAGCUGAAAUUAAAGCCAAAGCGACAUGAGACACAUAACAUUUUAACCAUUAAUGGAACGAAGAAGCAAUCAAUGCCAGUGUUCGAUGUCAAAAUCGAAUCUGUUGAUGGAAGUGCAAACAAAUCGAUUGAACUGACAGGAAGUAGAAUGAUGGAUUUCACCACAGUUAAGCGGCCAACAAUAGCAGAUGUGAAAGAAAGGUACCCACACGUAAGAGAGAAAUCCUUUUACAGAACCCCAAUCGAGGAAUACCAGAUUCAUGUGAUACUGGGAGAUGCCUUCUACUGCCAGAUCAAGACUGAGGAUGUCAUCAAAGAAAAGAGUGAUUAUGAGCGCUUGUACUCCUUAAACGUGCUAGGGAUAGAAGACCGUGCUGAAGACGAUCAACUUGAUGUCUAUCGAGAGUUCAAAGAAAACAUCACAAUGUGA